GCACCGGCAACUGCGUCACCAUCACCUCCAAGACAAGAAAAAUGAGCCCCCAAGACUGCUCAUCCCUGUAUCCUUUCACCUGCUUCAGGGACAACCUGGUCCUGGUGAAGGAGAACAAGACCUGGGAGGAGGCGCUGGAGCACUGUCGCUCCAUCUAGAUGCACCCACACUACCCCUACAUCCACUACAGGUUGGUCAGUGUCCAGCCUGGAGAAGACCACGCCUACAUGAGGUUCAGGGUCAGGGAGGCCACCACGGACAAGGUGUGGGUUGGUCUGCGUUUCCUGGUGGAUCAGUGGCGGUGGGUGAACGGAGUGGACAUGUUGUUCUCAGACCUUCCUGAGUGUCCCGUUGAGCAGCAGAGGUGUGGAGCUUUGUCCACAAACUCCAACAGCAGCACUCUGGAGCCCAUGGACUGUCUGGAAACAAACAACUUCCUGUGUUACAUUUAGAUCUGCAGCUGUUUCAAAGAGUCUGUGCACUGUUUGUUUGCAUUUCUGAAGAGUAGAACUUCACUGUAGAAAAGUCAUGACUUUAACAGAAGACACUGUCACAGUUCAAAUAUGGAGCCUUUAGACGACAGCAAAACAACCCCUGAACUCACUGAAGUAGGAAAGGACCUGGAAGCAGAUCUCAUCCUGUUGAGACUGAGCCCAAACCCACCAUGAAAACACCUCAACCUGACGCUGGGAACAGAACUGGCACAGGUUUAAGGGGGUUUUGGACAGAACACAUGGGAGUUUGGGCUGGUUUUGGCUGGAGAAUAGUGACAAUUAUUAU